CAGAGGGGAAACUGAGGCUCGGGGGCAUUAAGUUGUACGUAGCCCUGAGCCAACUGAGAAAACCCCCCACAAUUGGACGCACAAACACUCAUGGAGCGCCUCUUAGGCCGCCCGACGGUCCCCGGGAGCUGAGCAGACCCCUGACCCAGUCAAGGCCUCAGUUUCCCCGCCCACACUUCGCCUCUGUUCUCUGGAUUCUGAACGGCCCUCCCACACCACCAUUGAGCGGAAACUACAACUCCCGAGGGGCCUUGCGGUCAAAGCCUCGCGAGAACUUCCGAGGCGCCGGUGGCGGUGCUGGUCGCACGCUUCUCGCGCAGCCAACCGUCGCUUUAGUAAGGCUCGGGCUGCCUUUGGCGCUGCCGCUCCCGAAGGUCGCUUCAUUCAGGCAUUCGCCGGCGACAGCCCUGCAAGGGGAGGGCGACGUGAGGGGGCCUGACCGGGGCUCAGCGCAGGCGCAGUGAGUGCAAGCGGCGGCAGCCAUGGACGACGAGGAGGAGACGUACCGGCUGUGGAAAAUCCGCAAGACCAUCAUGCAGCUGUGCCACGAUCGUGGCUACCUGGUGACCCAGGACGAGCUGGACCAGACGCUGGAGGAGUUCAAGGCCCAGUUUGGGGACAAGCCCAGUGAAGGGAGGCCUCGGCGCACAGACCUCACGGUGCUGGUGGCCCACAACGAUGACCCCACUGACCAGAUGUUCGUCUUCUUCCCAGAGGAGCCCAAGGUGGGCAUCAAGACCAUCAAGGUGUACUGCCAGCGGAUGCAGGAGGAGAACAUCACACGGGCCCUCAUUGUGGUACAGCAGGGCAUGACACCCUCCGCCAAGCAGUCCCUGGUCGACAUGGCCCCCAAGUACAUCCUGGAGCAGUUUCUGCAGCAGGAGCUGCUCAUCAACAUCACGGAGCAUGAGCUCUUCCCACAACGCCCCCAGUCAGUCCAGCAAGACCUUUUCCCUGACCUGCUUCUCAGUAAACUCCGAGAGAACCAGCUGCCCAGGAUCCAGGCGGGAGACCCCGUGGCACGUUACUUUGGGAUAAAGCGAGGGCAGGUGGUGAAGAUCAUCCGGCCCAGCGAGACUGCAGGCAGGUACAUCACCUACCGGCUGGUGCAGUAGCGGCCCGACAGACAGACGAGGCGAGAGGGCGCCGAGGGCCGGGUGUGGGCGGCCGUCCCAGCCCUGUGAGUGAGCCCCGCCUGUUACGUGCUCUGGAGGGAGCUCACAUCCAGCCUGUGCGCCCAGCUCAUGCGACAGACAGGUCACACUGCUGGCUGCCCCCUCUCUCUUGGCAAGUCCCCCGGGGGAUGGAAAGAUGGGCUGUGACGACCCACCAGGCUGGGAUUGUGGUGGCUGGCUGCCCGGGGGAGUCCGCUCCUCCUGGGAACCUUGCCUCUGCUCCCCUGGGCCGCAGGGCGGCCCGCCUUGGGCCUGCCUUUCCUGGCCUGAGGGUCCCCGUGGCCUCUCCUGGGCUCCUGGACGCUGAGCCCCACCCUGGAUCCCACCUGAUGGUGCUUUGGGAGGGGACAGGAUACCGCCCGGGCUUCUGUCGCCGUGUCCCCCACACAGUGGCCCUGAUGCUGCUUGUCUGGGUGCUCCGAGGGCAGCGGGGAGUGAGACCGAUUGCUACGGAAUGCUGGAUAUCUUAACGAAUUAAAAAUAUCUUGAGUAAAUAAGUUCACUUGUCUGAAAGACCAAGGCGGAAUGUCUACCCGGUUUGCUGUGAGCAGCCUUGCGCGGGCUUCUGUCCCCUCAGCAGGGUCUCGGCCCACUUCCCCCUGGUGGAGCUGUGAGGGAGGGGCUCCAGUGCCGCCUUCAGCUUUGCUGCUGCUUGGUGCUUUUCUUGCAUAGAAGUUUGGGAUCAAACUACCCCCUUUUCCCUCUACUAAUUUCAGAGGCCUCCUACCCAGGCUAAGUGCAGUUGUCUGUGUUUUUGUUUAAUAGCUUCAUUGAAGUACGAUUUAUAUACCAUACAGUUCACCCAUUUAAAGUGUAUGGUUCCAUGAUUCUUAGUAUAUGCACAAUCGGGCACCCGUCACCACAGUCAAUUUUGGAACAUUCCACCCUUCUAAAAAGAAAGCCUGUCCCUGUCAGCAGUCCCCCCCCCUGCCCCCAGCCCCUGACAGCCACGAAUCUGUGUCUGUGGAUCUGCCUGUUCUGGACGUUUCCCAUCAGUGGAAUCACACACCGUGGGUCCUUCUGUGUCUGGCUUCUCUUAUGGAGCAUCGUGUUCUCACGGUUUGUCCACGUUGUAGGAGUGUCGGGGCUUCACCCCUUUUCACGGCCGAGUGAUGCUCUUGUGUGUGGAGGGACACGUGUUCAUUCUUCAGUUGAUGGACUGUUUCCAUUUGUUGGCGACUGUGCGUCAUGUUGCUGUAGGCGUCCAGGUACGAGGUGGUGUGGUUGUGUUUAUUUCUCUGGCUGUGGGUGUGC